AUGGAGUACAUCAAGCCACCGGAGCCUCUAGGCCUGUCAACCAACGGGGGAAGAACGUGGAAGCUCUUCCGGCAAAAAUUUGAUUUCUUUUUGGCAGCCACGGAGUGCACUGAAAAACCGAGGUCAGAGGCAGCAAAAACGGCCCUUUUCUUCAGUGUGGCUGGCGACGAGGCGCUUGAAGUGUACAACAACCUUACGUUCGAUGAAGGCGAAGACAAGCAGGACUAUGGUACGGUGGUGGCCAAGCUCGAGAAAUACUACGUCGAGCAAGAGAACACAAUUCACGAGCGGUACGUCUUCCGGUCUCGACUACAGAGCGAAGCUGAACCCUUCGAACAGUUCCUCCGCGCGCUGAAGAAGCAGGCGCAGUUUUGCAAGUAUGGAACAAUGAUGGACGAAAUGGUGCGCGACCAAAUUGUGUUCGGUACAAACUCGCCGAAGCUACGGGAGAAGUUGAUCAGGGACAAGGGCCUUACGUUGGACAAAGCCGUGGCUUUAUGCAAGGCGGCGGAAACAUCGGCACGUGAGAACUCGCUGUGGCGGAAGACUGACGGAGAGCUUCACGUCCUUGCAGCAUCGUCGAGCCGAAGCUUCAAAUGUUCCCGCUGCAGCCGGUCCCAUGCCGCACGGCGCUGUCCAGCCUACGGGAAAACUUGCUACUUGUGCAAGGGGCGUAACCACUUUGCGUCAUGCUGCCAAUCAAGCGGAGCCAUCUGCGAGGUAAAGGACGAGAGGAAGACGCCAUACCUAAACGACGACUUUGAUGUUUUGGACGUCACCAUCGGAAACAUUAGCAGUGACCGGGAGUGGAUCAUGAAAGCAAAUAUUGCAGGCAAGGACAUCAACUUCAAGAUCGACACAGGGUCCCAAGCAAACUUGAUGCCGCUGUCGCUUUUCCGGAAGAUUCAAGCCGGUCCAGUGAAAGCAAGCAACGCGGUUCUACGAUCGUAUAACGGCGGCGUCAUCAAACAGCUCGGCACAUUUUCGUCGCACGUGACCAUUGGUGACCGGAGCGUCUGCACAGACUUCUUCGUGAUUAAGAAAGACCACGGCGCCCUCCUGGGUCUGAAAGCCGCGGAGGACCUGGGGCUGAUCAAACGGAACGUUGAUGCCGUAACAAACAACAGCCCCUCCACGAUCGUCGAUGAAUUUCCGCAGCUGUUUCAAGGAACAGGCCGUGUACAGCGCGAGUACAGGAUCACCCUUCGCGAGGGUGCUGUGCCCGUCAUCCAGCCAGCCAGACGAGUGCCUUUGGCGCUGCGAGAACCUCUGCGCGCGGAACUACAGCGAAUGGAAGCGGAAGGCAUCAUUCAAAAAGUCAGCAGUCCGACAGACUGGGUAAGCCCACUGGUCAUCGUGCUUAAAAAGGACAGCAGGUUGCGGGUAUGCAUGGACCCGAGAAAAAUUAAUGAAUGCCUUAAGAGAGAACAUUAUCAGAUGCCGCGCCGAGAAGACAUAGAAGCAGAGCUGGCAGGAGCGAAGAUGUUUUCUCGGCUUGACGGGGGCUAA